AUGAACACCGACAUCCCCAAACGCAAGCCCGUGCCCCUCCCCGUGAUCAAAGACAAAGACCCUCCCCCUGACUCCGCUAAUGUGAGUCCGCCUCCACUACUGUCCCCACCAGCUACAGCGCCCUGCAAAUGGUGGCAGGGUCAGAAGGAGAAUUGGUUCCAAUUACCUCAGCGCAAACGCACCAUUAUCGUCAUCGCGGUUUUUGGAUCUCUCGCUCUAAUUGCUCUGAUAGUCGGUCUUGCUGUGGGAUUGACAACUAAGGGAAAGGGGUCGUCAAAUCUCCCCCUGCCAACUUCUUACGGCGGUCCUUAUAAAGGCGACUUAACGUAUUAUGAUCCGGCGCUCGGAUCCUGCGGUAUUACCAGCACUUCCUCGGAUUUGAUCUGCGCCGUCUCGCAUAAAUUAUUCGAUGCCGCCUCGACGGGGUCAAAUCCAAAUGCGAAUCCCUUGUGUGGGAUGAAGGUGAGGGUGAAAUUGGCGGGUAACAGUGUGGAUGUUAAAAUUGUUGAUCGCUGUGUCGGAUGCGAUGCGACGGAUCUCGAUGUCUCCCCAGCUGCGUUUAAACGACUUGCGGAUUUAGACCUGGGUCGGGUGUUGGUUGACUGGGCUUGGUUGGAUGACUCGCCAGUGAAAAAUGUCUGA